GUCGAGGUCUGGCGCGAACCUCCCGGUAGGCGGUUGGGGCCGCGGGCCGACAGGCCCAGGAGUGCUCCAAUUGUAUGCUGGCCCCUGGAUACUAACUAGACCUGCCUGACUCCAGAAACUAAGGCUCAGUAUCUGCAGAAGCCUUUUGCCCAUCUCAUUCCGGCUAUGGGGACAUGUCUUCACCCAGGGAGGCUAGAAGAGAGUCUGGAAGAGGUAAUGAUGACGAUGAAUCUGAUUCAGAUGACCUGAAUUUCCAGAAGACUUUGCCUUCAUCAAGUCAGAAAAAGACACCUACAAAAAAGGUUUUUGAGAAUACAGUUAAAUCAGAGGUGAAAUCCUCUCCUCUGACAUUCUCAAGUAAGAAUUAUGAGUAUCUUUUUCAAGAGCAUUCAGAAAGUGAGAGUGAUGGCAGUGACUUCUCGCACAGAGACAGGUGGGACAGCGAGGACACAGAGCUUGCAGGGCCCUCAAAGACUGCCUCCCCAAGGCAUCCUGACAUUGACUCGACUGUCUCUGAGAAGGAGCUGGCUCAGUUGGCUCACAUUCGACCAUUAGUAUUCAAUUAUUCCACACAAACUGUCAUGAAGGGUUUUUUAAAAAUGCUCCAGAAAAAAGAAGAAUAUGAUAUCAUCCGUGAGUUUUUGGAGUUAGAACAAAUGACUGUGCCUGAUGACUUCAAGUCUGGAAAUGAACUACUCAACAAAGACAAAAACAGAUACCGAGAUAUUCUUCCAUAUGAUUCAACACGUGUUCCUCUUGGAAAACACAAGGACUACAUCAAUGCUAGUUAUAUUAGAAUAGUAAAUCAUGACGAAGAGUAUUUAUACAUUGCUACUCAAGGACCACUGCCAGAAACUAUAGAGGACUUUUGGCAAAUGGUUAUGGAAAAUAACUGUAAUGUUAUUGCUAUGAUAACCAGAGAGAUAGAAGGUGGAGUUAUCAAGUGUCACAGUUACUGGCCCAUUACUCUGAAGGAGCCGUUGGAAUUGAAACAGUUUCGCAUCCUUCUAGAGAACUUCCAGAUAACUCAGUAUUUCAUCAUUCGAGUAUUUCAAAUUGUGAAGAAGUCUACAGGAAUGAGUCACUGCGUGAAACACUUGCAGUUCACCAAAUGGCCAGACCAUGGCACUCCUGCCUCAGCAGACUUUUUCAUAAAAUAUGUCCGUUAUGUGAGGAAGAGCCACAUUACAGGACCCCUGAUUGUUCACUGCAGUGCUGGUGUAGGCCGAACGGGGGUGUUAAUAUGUGUGGAUGUCGUGUUCUGUGCCAUCGAGAGGAACUACUCAUUCAACAUUCUGAACAUAGUGACCCAGAUGAGAAAACAGCGUCAAGGCAUGAUCCAAACAAAGGAGCAGUACCACUUUUGUUAUGAAAUUGUGCUUGAAGUUCUUCAGGACCUUCUGACUUUGAGUUAAGAAGGAGUCUGCACCUCUCACUUGAGAUUACCAAGAAGCUUGUGCUGAAGGGUCUGCUGGCCAUGACGUUUGCUUCUGAUUUUCUCUCUGAAGUCUCCCUGAAGGCAGCAUCGUUGGCACGGAGUGAACUGUUUUCACUUGAUCUUCCUGGACAAUCGCAAAUACCCUCCCAUGUUUUCCAGUGGAACAAAAGUUCCAUGAAACAACCUCAGUUUAGCUGUUUGGUUUAAGGGAUUAGAGAGUUCAAGAAAAGACUUCAGUGUAUUCAUUAAGAUUUUAUUUGGAAAGUGGCCAAAAGCCUCAGAGGAUUUCCAACACAGUACAGCCUUAUUCUGGGAGAGCAUGAGGCCAAUGAACUGCAGGUUCAUGUCUUGACUUCUCAUAGGCAUUUUGCAGACAGAUAUUUAUCUGUGUUCUUUAAAGACGCUAGAGUCCAUACUCCCAGCUGGUAAUUGAAUAACUCUAAAGGACUCUAGGAUGGAUUGGCUUUUGAUAUACAUUGAUUUUUGUGCCCUAUAUGUCCAUGGUCCCAGAGUGCCCUAGGGAUUUCCAAGGAAGAGCUACCUCCCUGGAGCAGUCAGGCCCUUGUCCUGAUGCCCUGGGAAACCCCUUGUGGGUGAAUAGUUCCUCCUAGUCCUCCCAUGAACACACUGUUGAACAGCCCCAAACAAAAAUACUCAUCCAUCUGUAAAUUCAGUGGAAAUGUUUGCCAGGCCCAGCUUCUUUCCUAUCCUGCCCUAACAGUUAACAUACCAUUCUGUCUGCUUUAUCAGAAGCAAGUAUUAUAAGGUACUUGCCUCUUAAUCUUUAGCUAACCAAUAAACUUUAAUAUAAGGAUAUUGCUAUGUAAGUUUGAGUCAUUAUUGGUACCUGUUAUACCAAAUGUUUUUUUAAAAAACUAAGAUCUAAAAAGAAGGUUUUGUUUGUCUUUCUCUCUCUUUUUCUCUAGAGGCCCAUUAAGUUGUUUCUUUCUCUGCAGGAAGAUUUACAUGCAGGACAUUGGAACUAGAUUUUGGAAAACCAAAUUCAUAGUUGUGAAAGUGAAAACUUCUAUAGUCUUGUUAAAAACUCCUGGCCAUUAUUAUAUUCAUCAUACCAAGAUUCUGCCUCAGACAGUUAUAGUGACUCUUUGGUUAAGGGGUUUUGGUGAUUAGUCAUUCUUAAUUAUAAGCCACAAAGCAAUUGAUAAGUGUAUUUGUACAGUGAAUUCAGUAGUGAUCAGAGCUGUGAAUCAUAUUGAAAAUUCCUAAAAUUAUAAAUACUAAACUUUUAAGAGGCUUAUUGCUUUGGUUAAAUGAAUACUUGAAUUGGUUGAAUUAGAAUCAAUAAUUCUCACUUUAAAAAUAAUUAUAUGCCAUAUAUUUGACAUUAACUCACGUUGAUGAUUAUAGCUAUUUAUACUGUUUAUAUACAAAAGUCUAUGCUGAACAAUAAUAUCAUUUUGAUUAUUGGUUUUUAAUAUUUGUAUCUGUAACUAUUUUCAUUGUUAUUAAAGAUAAGUAUAAUAUAGAACAAUGUUCCCAAGGUGAACUGUAUGUUAUUAAAUGAAAAUAUUUACUAUGUAUUGCCUGGAGUAAUUUUAUUUAUCAGGAUCUUGUGA